UGAGCUACUGCUGUUAUACAUUCUAUACUUGGAAAAAAUCAGAUAGGCCAAGCAACUAUAUACCCAGCACAAUAAACAACAGAAUAAACUGGCAACAAAAUUACACGGCUGGAAUAGCGCGUGCUUCAUCUCCUCCAGAUUCUCAAGCUUCUGAAAGCAACCGAUUCCUCAUCAUCACUGCUUAUAUAUAAUGCAUAUACAUUAUCCACCGAAGCUGCACAAGCACAUACUGAUAGCUUGACAAUAAUGGCUUUACAGGCCACAGCUACCCAUGCAGCAGUGGCAAUUGUAUUUCUGUUGAUGCAGCUGGAGCUCCCGGGUAGAUCAAAACCAGUGAGUCCGGACCCAUACCGCUGUGUCAGCGAUGACCCGUUGGUGGAUUGCUGCCCACCCCCUGUUCCGAAGAAGAACAUCGUCAAUUUCAAACUAGAGUCCAAAUCCUCGCCGCUUCGCGUCCGCCGGCCGGCUCAUGCUCUUACGCUGGAGGAGGCCCGAAAGUAUGAGAGAGCGACAGCGCUUAUGCGUGCAUUGCCGGAUGAUCAUCCAUGGAAUUUUCUCACACAGGCUAAUGUUCACUGCGCUUACUGCUCUGGCGGCUACUACCAACAGGGUCAAGAGAUGACGCUUGAGAUCCACAACUCCUGGCAUUUCUUCACCUGGCACCGCGCCUAUCUCUACUUCUACGAGCGCAUCCUUGGCAAACUCAUCAACGACACCUCUUUCGCCCUCCCAUUUUGGAAUUGGGACCACCCCUCCGGCAUGACCAUUCCACCCAUCUAUCGACGCCCCUCAUCCUCCCUCUUCAACCCCACACGAUAUCCCACUGCACUCAAAUUCAUUAAUCUCGGCGACUGUGAAGGCAACAACACUCCUGAAUCCAUCCCCAAGCAAAAGCAAUGCAAUCUUCAAGCCAUGCAUCGCCAAUUCAUCGCAGGAUUCAACUCAAGCUUACUAUUCUUCGGAAGUCCAUACAGAGCUGCAGACCAACCCUACCCUGGUGGUGGGCCCAUUGAAAGCUCACCGCACGGCCCAAUUCACAUUAGCACCAGUGCAGACAUGGAAUAUAUGGAUACAGCUGCCCGUGAUCCCAUCUUUUUUGCACACCAUGGCAACAUAGACAGGCUAUGGACGAUAUGGGAAAGAAUAUCAAUGAACAAAAGCAGGGUUUUUAAAGAUAAGGAUUUUCUCGAUGCUUCUUUUCUGUUUUGGGAUGAGAACAUGCAGUUUGUGCGCAUAUUUGUAAGGGAUAUCAUGGAUACACGUAAGCUUGGGUAUGUGUAUGAAGAAGUUCCGUUGCCAUGGAUGAAGAUAAAGACAUUAGUGGAAAAAGAGGGAAGACAGAGUAAGUCCGCGGGAAAGGAUGAGGGGCAUGGGAAGAGUAGAGUGACAUUUCCCUUGAAGUUGCAGUCUGAUGUGAGAGUUAAUGUUCGGAGGAGGGUUGGGAAGGAAGGGGAGAAGCUUGUUGUGAGUGACAUUGAAUUGGAUGGGAGGGAUUAUGUGUGGUUUAAGGUUUAUAUUGGUAGGGUUGGUGGGGGAAGAGUUGAAGCUGGGUGUUUUGUUCAUUUGGAGAGGAGAGCAAAGGAAAGAAUUCAUAUGGUCACGAAGCUACAAAUUGGAAUAACGCAAUUCAUUGAGGAAGUUGGUGCAGAUGGUGAUGAUUGGGUGGUGGUUACUUUGGUGCCCGUUGUCGCUGGAGACAAAGUCAUUGUUGGAGGAGUUAUGAUUGUAUAAAUAAGAAGAUGGAUUACAAUUUUUUUAAAAAAAUUCUAGUAAUAGUUGGAUCAUAAUGAUGUUAAUCCAUAUAAGAUUUAGAACUUUGAUGGG